AUGAGCACAAGUAUCACUUCUCGGCCUUUGGUGAUGUCUCCAAGAAAACGGACGUUGCUCCCAGUGAGCAGUAGGCGCAAAGCACUUGAAGACUUUUUCCCAUUCCACUUGUUACCGGUAGAGUGUCAGCUGCACGUAUUGUCUUUCCUGAAUGAAGUGGACAAAUGCAACUGUGCUCUUGUGUGUCUGAGCUGGAGCUGCCUCGUGCGCUCAUGGAAGCUAUGGAGAGUUGCGGACUACUCUCGACGAGGGGUUUUUCAUCUUGGGCAAGAGGGCCUGCUAGUGUCCAACCGUGAAUUUGAAAGGUGGAAGUCCUGGGUCCAUCACUACACACAUCACCUCAUCUCCCGUAGAGCCAGUCUCCUCACACUCAAGGCAAGUUUUGAUCUGGGCGACUGCUGCCACAAAUGGAGUGAGCUGCUCACUCACCUAUUGGACAAUGUUCACUGUCGAGACCUGAGCCAGCUUGACCUUAACUGGACCUUCACUCUUCUUGAGCCGCUGGACCUGCGAGUGCACACAAGCUCCAGCUCACACCAGGACAGUAUCACCAAAAUGGACCAGGUCAACAGCUUCCAGGUGCUGCUUACAAAGCUGACUCACAGCUGUCCUCGAAUCUCUAAGAUGCGUCUGCACUUUGAUUGGUCGGAGGAGUCUGUUUCUCUGCUCACACAGUUCCAGCAGCUCAGGGUUCUGGAGCUCAAGUAUUUUUGGGUCUUUAAAGGGGUCACUCCUUCCACAAUGCAGACUCUUACCACUUCUUUGCCCAAUCUCAAGUCACUGACUCUGCACAUUCUGGUACCACUAAGAAAUCUAGGUAUCUCUUACACCCUAGAAUCCAAGUCUAUUGAGUUUCUGGAUGUGUCACCCAGUAGGGGUUUGGUCUUUUCCGGCCUCAAACUGCCAGCUCUUCGUGAACUAAGGGCUAAAAAAAUUGUUCGAGGGAUUACACUGGACCGACGAACAAGACUCCGGAUUCAGAGUCGCUGGCCAUGUUUGUACCAUGUCCUACGGGAGGGGACGCCCAAACUGCAGACCUUGAACCAUGAGAGGCUUCACCCCACAUGGAGGGAGAAACUGUACGGAGAGAUGUCGGCCAUUCUUCAUGAGUCAUGUUAUUGUGUGCAACAUUUAGACAGCUGGUUGUGGUAA